AUGGAUAACCCCCUUGUCAUAGUUGGCAUGGCCUGCCGAGUGGCCGGUGCAAACAGUCCAAGCAAGCUGUGGGACAACAUUUUACAGAAAAAGGACUUGCGCAGGGAGAUGCCCCCAGAAAGGUUCAAUGUCGACGCCUUUUACCAUCCAGAUCGCCUGAAUAACGGAACGACCAAUGCGCGCCAUGGCUACUUUCUUGACCAGCCAUUAGGUCAUUUCGAUGCCGAGUUUUUUGGGAUCUCGGGAAAGGAAGCAGCUGCAAUGGAUCCACAGCAGAGAAUCCUCUUAGAAGUGGUGUACGAGGCACUUGAAAAUGCGGAAAUUCCUCUGAAGGACAUCCGAGGCACUAAUACCUCGGUGUACUGUGGUACCUUUGCCAAUGCCAAUGACUACAAUUCACUACAGGCAAAGGAUCUCGAGAAUUACCCUAUCUAUGCGCUUACUGGGACAGGAAACCCAAUCCUCAGCAACCGCAUUUCUUACCUGUAUGACUUGAGAGGCCCUAGUAUGACAAUCGACACAGCCUGCUCUUCGUCACUCGUCGCGUUCCAUCUGGGAUCCCAAUCAUUAUUGAACGGUGAAUCUAGCAUAUCCAUUGUCGCUGGAACAGCCCUUCAAUUUGCACCGAACAUCUAUCAGACAAUAUCAGACAUGGGUUUUCUUAGUGAUGACGGCCGUUGCCGCUGUUUCGAUGCUCAGGGUGGUGGCUAUGUACGAGGCGAUGGUGUAUGCGCAGUCAUUCUAAAGCGUCAACUUGACGCAAUUUCCACUGGGAACAGAAUCCGAGCAGUGGUGCGAGGAACAGCAGCAAAUCACGAUGGGAAAACAGAGGGUAUUACACUACCAUCGGCUGAGGCCCAGGCUGCCCUGUUCCGAACGGCCUACCGCUCUGCAGGCAUAGACCCGGUGGAUACCCAAUACUUCGAGGCUCAUGGUACAGGCACGAGAGCCGGUGAUCCGCGCGAAGCGAGGGCCAUUGGUGAGGUCUUUGGAACAGAAAGAAGGAAGGAGCCGAUUUGGGUUGGCAGUGUCAAGCCCAAUAUCGGCCAUCUCGAAGGUAAGAAGCAAGCGAAGUUCAUCAUGAGUUGCCACACCACAAAUGACUCACGAACAUCAGGCGCUGCCGGUCUCUCUGGACUCAUAAAAACCACACUCGCUUUGGAGAAAGGAUUAAUCCCGCCUAACAUGUUGUUUCAAGACCCAAACUCGGAUAUUAAGUUUGAACAAUGGAAGAUCCGGGUGCCAACGAGUGAGACUGUUUGGAGCACCUUGAAUGAUAUGCCGCGCCGUGCCAGCAUUAAUUCUUCUGGAUAUGGAGGAUCGAAUGCUCAUGUGAUCCUUGAGGGCUAUGAUAGGAACAACCGCGCCCAGGAAGACGAACUUGACCGUCUCUGGCCAGCAGAGAACCGAUCAUUUUUACUUCCAAUUACUUCCCAUAGCCCAGAUGCUGGGGCCCGUGGACUGGAAGCGAUAAUAGAAUAUCUGAAUAAUAAAGAUACGUUACGCAUAGCCGACUUGGCUCAUACUCUUACCACGAAGAGAACGCUGCACCGCUGGAGAACAUGUUGCAUCGGCCACGAUUCACAAUCGGUUGUUGAGGGCUUGGCUGCAGCACGCCCUACAUCACGCUGGGUGGAUGCAAGUAGCCCUGUGAAGCGAGUAGGUUUUAUAUUCACCGGGCAGGGUGCUUUGUCAUUCGAUACUGGUAGAGACUUGAUCGAGCAAUUUCCCUUGUUCCGUGAGGUCCUGGAAAAGUGUGAUGCGGUAUUACAGUCGCUUCGAGAUGGACCUUCCUGGACCAUUAGAGAAGAGCUCCUGCGCAGCCAGGAUGUCUCCAGACUAACCGAGUCCCAAUUUUCGCAGCCAAUUUCCACCGCCAUACAGCUCGCCUUGGUGUGCUUAUUGAAAGCCUGGGGAGUCACUCCCACUGCUGCCUGUGGACACUCAUCUGGUGAGAUCGCCUGUGCGUACGCCGCUGGGAUAAUCUCGCUCGAAGCAGCGAUUGUCAUUGCUUACUACAGAGGCGUAUAUAUGAGCCGAGGAACACAGACAGGUCUAUCUGGCGCCAUGAUGGCUGUUGGAAUGGGGCAGAGCUCCGCUAUGCAAGAGGUCCAUAGCUUUGAAGGCCGCCUGAACAUUGCUGCAAUAAAUGGUCCUACAAGUGUCACAAUAUCCGGAGAUAAAGAUGCUAUCAUCGAACUCAAAAAGUCAUUAGAUGGUCGUGGAGUAUUUACACGGCUGUUGAAGGUUGAGCAAGCAUACCACUCCCAUCAUAUGGUACCCCUCGCACCAGGAUACCAACGCGCCAUCGAAGAGCUCUCAAGCUUCAGAACCCAGAGUGCUAGCUGUCGCAUGUUUUCCAGUGUCACAGGACGGGUGUGCCAUGGAGAAGAAAUGACAGCUAGUUACUGGGCUCAAAACAUGGUUUCUCCGGUCCGUUUCUCGGAUGCACUAACAGGAAUUGUCUUGGAUGAUGAGGAUCAACAAAAUGUUGAUGUCCUUCUUGAAAUUGGACCACACCCUGCGCUGAAAAGCCCAGCCACAGAAACAGUUUCUUCCCUGUCACUGACACUUCCAUACUUUGGAACGCUAUCACGCAACCAGUCCGCUCAGAAGUCUUUGCUAGAAGCGAUCGGACAGAUGUUUUGUCUUGGAUAUCCCGCCAAUUUGGAAGCAAUCAACCAGAGACAGACCGUCGUCGACGGUAGCGUUGUUCACCAGCCAGCCUCUGAGAGGCUUUAUGACCUUCCUUCCUACUCUUGGAAUCAUAAAGAUUAUUGGUUUACGACUCGGUUAGUGUCGGAGCACGUACACCGUCCAUGGAAACAUGCUCUUCUCGGUGCCCCUGUUCCGGGCUCAAUGAAAAGCAUGCCGCGGUACCGCAACUACAUUCGGCUCAGCGAGCUUCCCUGGCUGAAAGACCAUGUAAUCGACUCCAAGGUUGUCUUCCCCGCGGCAGCUUUUGUCUGUAUGGCGAUCGAGGGCGCGGUACGGAUUGAGUCUGAGCGAGUUAACAUGAAGAUGAUCAAGGUCAGGGAUGUUUCCAUCAAAGCGGCCCUAACUUUACGGGAAGACUCGGAACAAGGGCUUGAAAUACUGACGGAGCUCUACCCCGCCACAACCUCGUCGCGCACCACGUCGGAUACCUGGUUCGAGUUUGUAAUAAUAUCCUACGAUGAGGCCAAUGAGGGGAUAGAGCAUUGUCGCGGUCGGAUCAGCGUCGAUUAUGGUCUUCCCCAGCCAAUCAAACCAACCAAAACAUAUCCUCACCCAGAGGAUUUGUUGGAGAAGUCAGACCGCUAUAUGACACCCUCGGCACUUUAUUCACGACUCGAGGACCUGCAUUCGGUGUAUGGUCCACGGUUCGCCCUCAUCAAAAAUGAUGUCUCCACGGGAGAUGGGUUUGGUGUGACAACAAUGUCUUUCGACCCCAAGUUUCAGACACCUCACGAGCUCAGUCAGAAAACAAUCAUCCACCCAACAUUCUUGGAUGCCUCUUUCCAUGUUAUGUUUCCUGUCAUUGAGGCACUUCUGAACAGACAGAUGUCACAGGCAUUUGUGUCCACCUUUAUGGGGUCAUUGGACAUCUCAGGCAUGCUUGUCAAGAUCGCCGGCACAUCGGACGUGCAAUAUUAUAACGUUUCUACAUUCACGGAGCUACCUAGUCCCAGGCUUGCAAUUAAUGAUAUCAUAAUAGCUCAACCAAAUGGCAAUAUUGUUAUCGAGGCACGCAACAUUGAAGCUACUGCUGUGGAGACGCGGAGUGCGAAGGCGAGCAACCGAACCUUGUUCUUCCGGCAGCGCUGGCAGCCUUGUUUCGACUUUCUGUCAGAGAAAUCCAUGAUUCCUUUGGGAAGCAGAGAACAGGAUGUAACUCAGCUACUAGACCUAUUCAGUUUCCAAUAUCCUAUGGCAAGGAUUCUCUACAUCACCUCCGAGCCCAAUAAGGUGCCAGCUAUUGUUGAGGAAUCUCUGUGGUUCAAGGGAACUCAACGGGCAAGGUUCCAAGGACUGAAUAUUUGGGUGGUCGGGAAGGCAGAUCAACAAAAACUUACAUCGUUCAACAAAGGUUCGAUUUCAUCUACUGAGCCUACCGGCCGUUAUGAUCUGGUGGUAGUCGAUGCCAAUUUAGAUCACUUCGGGAAUCCGAAGGUUUCUGAAUUCUUGAACGACUCUGGUGCAGUCAUGGCAAAGGCGUCGUUUACUGGAGAGGGUGCUAUGGACCAAAUCCUUACACCUCAGCCGUGGGGCAUCUUCAGACCUGUACAUGCAACGAAACACGCUAUCGCUCCGCCAGAAGUAACACUUGUCAUGCCAGCGUCAUAUCGACGGUCGGAGAGAACCGCAGCCGUUCAACAACACUUACAAUUAUCGGAAAGUAUUAACAUCGCUUCCACGAUGGAGCUCCAGGAGAUCCCCAAGUACGGCUUGGUCGCAUCGGUAGUCAUUGUACUCGCUAUCCUUGAUGAACCAUUUGACUCCACAGACGACACCUGGAUUGGCCUUCGGGAACUGUUACAGACUGAAAAUAUCAAGGUCAUUUGGGUGGUUGAGGGAGCGACCAUGGAGUGCGAAAACCCAGACCAAGCUGCACUGCUCGGGCUUUUGAGAACAGCGCGGAACGAAAACCCAGAUUCAUUCUUCGUGUCACUUGACGUGAAAGACAAAAGCGCAGCUGAUUCAAUUGCCGAGCGAGUUAUCGAAAUCACCACGUACGAUAAACAAGAAGAGGAGUUUGCUGAGCGAAAUGGGCAGAUCUACAUUCCACGAGUGGAGGAAGAUGUGGAUCUCAACCGAAAGCUCCCCCAUGGUGUAGGAACCGAACCACGACUUGAUAGAUUCGGUGAUUACCCAGCACUCACGCUUCGUAUUGGGCAGAUUGGGCUUCUUGAAUCUUUGCAUUUCGUGGAAAAUCAGGAUAUCCUGUCCCGUUCAUUGAGCGAUGAUGAAGUCGAGAUCAAGGUUGCGGCGUCAUCGCUCAACUUUCACGAUAUUGCAGUUGCCACGGGUAUUAUCCAGGACUAUCAAAUGGGCGACGAAUGUGUGGGAUUCAUCACACAAGUUGGUAAAAGUGUUGAUGAAACGGAUUUCAAGGUAGGAGACAGGGUUGUUGCUUUCAGCCCGGGAAUGGGGGCCCAUGGCACCGUCGUUAGACCACCAGCCAGGUUCUGUCACAAGGUUCCCAGCUCCGUGGAACUUACUGAGGUAGUGAGCCUCCCGGUGAUUCUUUCUACGGCUCUAUACUGCCUUGUGGACAUCGCACGCCUACGGUCUGGGGAAACGGUUCUGAUCCAUGCAGGAGCUGGUGGUGUGGGGCAAGUAGCCAUUCAGAUUGCACAAAGCAUCGGCGCUCGGGUUUUCGUGACUUGCUCUAAACCAAAGAGAAGUUUUCUUCGCGAGCGUUAUGGUCUGGCUGAUUCAGAGAUAUUCUCCUCCCGAGAUGAUGGAUUCACUGCUGAGAUCCUCGCCGCAACUAACGGCGAGGGUGUAGAUGUCGUCUUGAAUAGCUUGGCCGGUCAUCUAUUGCAAGCAUCGUGGGGAUGUAUCAAGAAAUUUGGCCGCUUUAUCGAGAUCGGGAAGCGUGAUAUACAUCAAAACUCAGGCUUAAACAUGGAGCCAUUCCGCCGCAACGCCACCUUUGCGGCCGUUGACAUGGUGCUCGUGUUUCAGGAGCGACCGAGCUUGGGCCGCGAAAUACUUGCCAGGGGCCUCGAUAUGUUCUGUCGUGGCAUCAUCAAACCCCCUUCGGAGCUGCAUACGUUUUCCUUCGGUCAGGUUGAAAAGGCCUUCCGGAUGUUACAACUCGGUCGCAAACCAGGGAAAGUGAUACUGAUCCCAAAGGACGAUGACACAGUCCUCGUAAAACCGGCCCCAUAUCAACAACUUCCACUCUUCAUUCCCUCCAAAACAUAUUUACUUGUUGGUGGACUCGGAGGACUGGGAACUGCCCUUGCAGAAUGGAUGCAUCUUCGUGGCGCGAGGAAAUUCGCUUUUCUCUCACGUUCGGGUGCAACGACCCCGGAGGCUCGGAAAACUAUUACCUGGCUUCGGUCGAAGAGAGCAUUAGUCGAUAUUUAUCAAGGAGAUAUUGGUAAUCUGGCUGAUGUUAAAAGCGUUGUGGAUAGAAUUAGCCACAGCCUCGGAGGGAUUUUCCACAUGGCUGUUGAGCUCCACGAUGCCAUGAUCCGCUCUACUAGCUUGACGCAAAUUCGGAAGUCUCUGCACACAAAGUGCCAGGGAGCCAAGAACCUCCACGAGGCUACUGCUGGUCUCAACCUUGACUACUUCGUUUGUUUCUCGUCAGUGUCUGACAUCUGCGGAAACAAAGGACAGGGAGCUUAUGGAGCGGCAAAUGCUUGGAUAGACGCCUUUAUGCGGUGGAGACGUGAGAAUGGCUUUGUCGCAACUGCAAUGAACGCCGGUACUGUCACCACUCGCGGUCUAGUUGCGAACAAUGUCACAGCCAAGCAAAGCUUGGAACGAAGCAAGUGGGAUAUUCUCACUGAAAAGGAACUUAUGUAUCUGGCAGAGUGCGUCACGCUCCAAGAGCCCCACCCAUGUCCACCAGGUCUGGAUUGGCAUCAAAUAAUAGUCGGCGUCAAUGUCAAUGAUCCUGAUGUAUUCUGGGCGGAUCGAUCCUUGUUCCGCAACCUCUAUGCCAAUAGAGCCUACGGGAAGGGGUUAACAACAGCAAAUAAUGCCAAGAAUCUCGGUUCCCUCAUUAAGACCGCAGGUGACAAAGUCACCUUGAAUCAGGUUGUACUGGAAGCCUUUUUGGGAAAGAUAGCAUCUGUUCUUGGUGUUGGGGUCUCAUCAGUCUUGGCCGACAAACCUUUAUCUCACUAUGGCCUCGACUCCAUUAUAGCUAUUGAGUUUCGGAGGUGGUUCACGGAGGUCCUUGAGGUCGACAUAUCUAUGUUUGACAUUCUGGCGGCGAAGUCCAUUCAUUCUCUCGUCUUGAAAGCCACUAGCUCAAUGUCGACAAACCUUGGUCACCAAGGCCUGGGGCAGAGGAAACAUGAAAGCACUAACACUCCCUCGUCCAUCAAAUCCAACAUCUCAACAUCAAAGGGGGAAAUCAUUCGAUCGCUUACGCAAUCUAAAGCCCAGGCUCCUUUGUCCACGUAUCAGAUGAGCUUGGCGAAGUUGAUCAGAGAGGAUUCGAAUAUGUUGGCUGUUGUGAACAUUCGAGGCAUGCCCUCAAUCGAAGGGCUAGAAGGCGCCUUUCGCAUUCUCGUCCACCGCCACAGCGCGCUACGUACAGCUAUCCCGAACCUUGGGCAUCUUAACAUACAGUAUCACAUGGCUACGGGCAGAUUCAAUUUCAUGUUUUAUGACAUGCCCAAGUUGGACAACCCGAUCGACUAUAUCGAGAAGUCAAUGAGGAAUGGUGCAAGCUUUAUGAUGUCAUUGUGA